UCUUUACUUAGGAGUUGGGAACACUGCGCUCGCACGGGGCGUGCCAAACACCGGUUACCCACACAACUGGACAAGACAGUAUUGCUUAAUAGUGGGGGGUCAGAUAACUAAGAGCCGUUCUUCCACUCUGGGUGGAAACUUGUGGUCUUGUGAUUUAACCCGCAUUUUACUGUUGGGACUUCACGUUAUCAUUCGGAAGCUGGAAUCCACAACACAUUUCCGUGAAGAUGGGACGUUUCCUCUGACCAAGUCGUAUUUCACACAAUUGGGAUGAGGACUUUGUAGCACCCCAGGUUCCAGUAAUUGCCCCAAAGAAAUUAUUUGGCACGUGUACAGUAUCAGUGGAAAACCACCUAACUAUGGGUCCCCUUACUACACCUAAAAAAGGAAGGGAAGUAGGCCGUGUUGAUCCUUGGACGCCAACCUCCAACCUUAAAAUGCUCAUCAGUGCAGCUAGUCCUGACAUCAGGAACCGAGAGAAGGAGCUAUGCAGAGAUGGUCUCGAAUCUCUACAGGACACUGAGAAUGGAGAAGAGUCAGAGAAAAUGGUCAGCAGAAAAGAGAAGAGCCUGGGUUUGCUCUGUCACAAGUUCCUCGUCCGAUACCCGGAUUAUCCAAACCCUGCCCUCAACAAUGACAUCUGCCUGGAUGAUGUGGCCACCGAGCUCAAUGUGGAGCGCAGACGCAUCUACGACAUCAUGAAUGUGCUUGAGAGCCUGCACAUGGUGAGCCGCUCAGCAAAAAACCGCUACACAUGGCACGGUCGGACCAAACUGGCUCAGACUCUGGCCAUUUUGAAGAAGGUGGGCGAGGAUCACCGCUACGGACAGCAGAUGCAGCUGAUCCGACAGCGUCUCCUGGACAAAGAGUUUGACUUUGACAGAGAAGAGAAGGAGAAUGAGGAGGUGGUGGAUGUGGAGAGUGGUGAACAGGGACAGAAAGAGCUCUUCUUUGUUGAACUUCCAGGUGUAGAGUUCAAAGCAGCCUCUGUGAAUAGUCGGAAGGACAAAUCUCUGCGGGUGAUGAGCCAGAAGUUUGUCAUGCUCUUUCUAGUGUCUAAUCCUCGUGUGGUCAGUCUGGAUGUGGCCGCCAAGAUCCUAAUCGGAGAGGACCAGGCUGCAGAUCAAGACAAGAACAAGUUCAAGACAAAAGUGCGCAGGCUUUAUGAUAUAGCUAAUGUUCUGCGGAGCCUGAAGCUAAUUGAGAAAGUCCAUGUGACAGAGGAGAGGGGAAGGAAACCUGCCUUUGAAUGGGUGGGCCCUGAAGAGUACCCACAAGACAAAGAUUUGGAAAGCUCCACAACUGAAUGCCCAUCCAAGACGAAAGGUGUACUGGAGUCUCGUGCAUCUGUAGAGAACUGUGCCAAAAAGCUUUUUUCAUCACACAGGGCUAAACACAGUUUCACCCGGCACCCCUCCCUCAUAAAGCUGGCAAAAAGCAUUCAGGACGACCGCCGCAAGAUCAACUCCGCCCCCAGCAGUCCUGUCAAGAGGUCCCUCAGUGAUUCAUCAAACACUGACUUCCCGAACAAAAUGGCCCAACUUGCUGCUAUUUGUAAAAUUGAACUUGACCAGGAAUCAGUGACUGGAGCUGAAGAUCCAAAGUCUGCUGCUGCUGAGGUGGAUGUAGCUGCUGUGAGGCGAGAGCCAACCUUUUGUAGUGCAAUGGAACUGCCUCAGACACCGCUGCUAACUCCAACCCAGGAGCCUGGAGUCAACGCUACUGUCCACCUCACCCCCCACACCCCGCUGGAAGCUCAGCCCUCUGGCUCUGUUGCUUAUAUUUCUGCACGGUGUUCACCUCUGAUCCCUGUCUUGUUACCUCAGCAGCGGGGGAGCGGACCCUAUGCUGUCUAUUUGCAGCCCUCUUCCUUUAGGCCAAACCCUCUGGCCAGGCCGCAGCCAACCAGCCUCGCUGUGCGGUCGAUGACCUUUGAGGAUAAGACUGGGCAGAGCCCGACGGGCCAGUUGGUCUCAAGAGCAUCAGACAUCAGCCCCUUGCCGUUUAAACGACUGUGUUCAGAUUCAACCUCAGAGAGCAGCCCAUCCAAAGCCAUGAAGACCGACCCCGACCUAAAGGACACGUCUCCAAAGCUGUGUGAGAUUCUACAGGCCCGGCUGAAGGCCCGUCGUGGCAGUCUCCUCUCCAGCCGGCCAUCGCCACGUGCCCUACACCUGGACCCAGAGUUUGUCAACACCCCCGGCGGUGCUGUAGCUAGUCAGACACUAGCCCAGAGCUUGGAGACCUUCCUGGACGUAGAGGAAAAGACCGUGAACUCUGACAAUGAAGUGAGAUUAACACCAGUCAGAGCUGUACCCCACAUACCAACACAACUUCACACUGAGACUUUAGUUCCAGCUGGAUACCUGAUCCCAAUCUCCCAGCAGUCCCUCAUCAGCUGCAAGGAAACUCAAGGCUCAGGCAGAGAAAGCAACAAGGCCUCAACACCCACUUACAACAUAUACCACACACCAACUGCAGGCUCCAGAUUGGCCGUAGCCCAGGAGGUUACACCCACUAGCCUUCGUCUUCACAGACCCUCUGCAGCCGCCUCGCCAUGCACCACCCAGCAGGCUCAGCACCUCCUGAACCCCAGUCCUGCCAUCCUUAACUUCACUCUGCAGAACCUUGGUCUGAUCUCAAGCUCUAGUCCAGGAAAUGCUUUUGCUGCCCCCCAAACUCCAGAGCGCACAAACACCCUGCCCAGUCCGCUGGCCCUGCAUCAGAGAGGGGCGGUUUUCAUGAAACCUGUCUCCCCUGUGCAGUCUGUAUCUGCACAACCAGUGACCCUGAUCACUAUACCGCAGACUCUCAUGACCACACCCAAGGGAACUGGGCUCUCCCAGCACAGCUUCUUCCACACGCCGGUCCCCCUCUCUCCUCUGGCUGCCGUGGUAACCACCGGUGGAAGCACUGCUAUCAAAACUGUUUACAUCCCUCAGAGAAAACUGGACGUUGCCACAGAGGACUCCUGAAGGAAACAUCUGAGGACGUGAUGUCUGUAUGGGUGCUGCGUACAUGUUGUGGGUGUUUGGGUUUUUAUGUUGUUGUUUUUUGUUUGUUUGUUUUUCUGUUUAGCAUUUUACACUAUACCUUUUAACAUUUGGCAUUAGCCUCACUCCCUCCAUUCUUAGCACAACCAGUUGUAAAAAUAGCUGCCACACAGACUUUGACUGUGGCCCAGUGGACACCAGAAAAGUAAUUUCACACUGAAUUUGCCAAACUCAUUAAUUUCACCAUGGUAGGAACAGUUUCCCAAGGAUUCAGUUUGUAUAACCUAAUGGAGAAGAGUUAAUUUUGUUUUGUUGUUAUUAAUGCGGGCAAUGUGAACAACAUUUUAUUUCUUUCAAAUUACCCAGAGUAGUAAAAGUCACUUUUCUGUAAGGAACAAUACACCGAUGUGAAUAUUUGUAAUACAUUUUAAGACAAAUCAGACAUUUUGACGAGUUUAAUUUAUAAGAAACUACCUUCAUAUCUAAUGUCCUGUUAAAUGUAAAAUGCUAAAUAAAUGUUUAUCGUUUUUCUAAGAAC